GAAGCCUGUGCGCUGAGGUUCUGCAACAGCAGCGGCGACGUCUGUCUUACAAUGUUACUGCUCGUGUGUAACUGCUGUGUGUUGGGUUGCCUGGAGUGGGGAAAAUAAAGCAAAUGAGUCAACAGAACACUUGUCCGGCUAACAAUAAUAAUUUAAGAAUAAGAAGCUCCAGUCCUGGGAGUAGAAAUGAGAGCCAGGACUAUCUACUAAUGAGUUCAGACUUCGAAGAAUGCUAUGGAUACACGGGAAGGAGCAAUGGUGAUAAACACAUGCACACCCGGCAGUCCAUGCCGAAAGGGAGGAGGCAGGCGGUCCGGGGGCCUGCUUAUAUGUUUAGUGACCGUUCAAACAAUCUCUCUGUGGAAGAGGAGAGGUUUUUGGAUGCAGCUGAAUAUGGAAACAUUCCUGUGGUCAGGAAGAUGCUAGAAGAGAAUCUGGAACUCAAUGUGAAUGCUGUGAACUACAUGGGCCAGAAUGCACUGCAGCUAGCUGUUGCCAAUGAGCACCUGGAAGUCACUGAGCUGUUGCUUAAGAAAGACAAUCUGUCUCGGAUUGGGGAUGCCCUCCUGUUAGCCAUUAGCAAGGGCUAUGUCCGUAUUGUGGAAGGCAUCCUGGGCCACAAGGCCUUUUGUGAGACUAAAAGGCUAACCAUCAGCCCAAGCCAAGCUGAACUGCAACUUGAUGACUUCUAUGCCUACGAUGAAGACGGGACACGCUUUUCUCACGACGUGACGCCCAUCAUUUUGGCAGCUCACUGUCACGAGUACGAAAUCGUUCACACACUAUUGCUAAAGGGUGCCCGCAUUGAAAGACCUCAUAACUAUUUCUGCAAAUGCAGAACGUGCAGCGAUAAUCAGAAACAUGAUUCUUUUAGCCACUCCAGGUCCAGAAUUAACGCCUACAAAGGUCUGGCGAGUCCGGCAUAUCUGUCCCUUUCUAGUGAAGACCCUGUUCUGGCUGCCUUGGAGCUCAGCAAUGAGCUAGCUGUGCUGGCUAAUACAGAGAAGGAGUUUAAGAACGACUACAAAAAACUUUCUAUGCAAUGCAAGGACUUUGUCGUAGGACUUCUCGACCUGUGUCGAAAUACAGAGGAAGUAGAAGCCAUUUUGAAUGGAGAUGUCGACUUAAAUAAAACCAUUGGGCCACAAGGUCGCCCGAGCCUUAUUCGAUUAAAACUUGCCAUUAAAUAUGAACUGAAAAAGUUCGUCGCUCAUCCCAACUGUCAGCAGCAACUCCUGUCCAUCUGGUAUGAGAACCUCUCAGGACUACGUCAGCAGACGACGGCUGUGAAAUUCUUAGUGGUUCUCGGGGUAGCUGUAGGACUGCCCUUCCUGGCUCUGGCUUACUGGCUCGCCCCCUGCAGCAAGCUUGGGAAGCUUAUGAGAGGCCCCUUUCUGAAGUUUGUGGCCCAUGCUGCUUCAUUUACCAUUUUCCUUGGGCUACUGGUCAUGAAUGCCGCGGACCGGUUUGAAGGAACCACGCUGUUGCAUAACGAAUCCACCAGCGAGCGAGGACAGCUCUUCAGAAUGAAAACAACCUGCUUCUCUUGGACGGAGCUGCUGAUUAUCGCUUGGGUGGUUGGUAUGAUAUGGGCAGAGUGUAAAGAGAUUUGGUCUCAGGGUCCACGAGAAUAUCUGCUAGAGCCGUGGAACUUUCUAGAUUUUGGAAUGCUCGCAAUUUUCAUGGCAUCUUUCAUUGCGAGGUUCAUGGCCUUUUGGCAUGCCUAUGAAGCACAGGUCUACGUUGACAAGCACAUCAAGGACCUGGCCAACGCAACCCUUCCUUCAGAGAUUGAGUACUAUACAUUGGAACUGGCGUCAUUUAAUAUUGCCUUGUUUUGUAUUGUGAUUUCCACGAGUGCACCGCAUCUCUACAAAAUGGCAUGUAAACUAAACACAGACAUGCGCCGCUCUUUCACUUGCUACAAAAACUUGGAAAUUUUUCAAGCUCUUGAAAAAAACCUGAAUCACACACAAGUCGUCAAGCAUUUUGAUGUUUCUCGUUCUGCACGUGCUACCCAGAGAAGUACAUCAAAAGAAGAUGGAUUUCCAGUACAAGGAAAUGAAGAUCUUGUAGUCACAGGACUGUCUGUGUGCUGGGGAGGGAAGGAUGCCUAUUACAUUUCACUCCAGCAUGAACAACAAAACACAGAUAUAAGUGCCAGUUUAGCCCCUCCACCUCUUGACCAGAACUUGACAGUAAAGGACAGACUGAAACAAGUUCAGUUCUGCUUGACCUUGAUUCCUGGGAGAUCAAUAAUUACAUAUGAUUUUAAACAACAAUACAAAGCACUGUUGCUGGCAUGCAGGCUCCCUUUGGAGGGAAACUUUGAAGAUCCAAAGAUCGCUUGUUGGUUGCUGGAUCCUAGCUCAAAGGAACGAACCCUCCACAAUAUGGUCACCAACUUUGUACCACAGGAACUGCCACUGCUGGAAGGGAUUGGACCAGGACAAGGCAUCCAGAGCCUGGGGAUCAGGGCUGAUUCCGAGCACUCCGGACGCUACAGAGCCUGCAUUGAGUCUGUGCUGGUGUUUAGCACCAUGAAUCAAUUGAGUGUCCUGUUGGAAAAGGAUAGUUUAAAAGAUGUUUUUCAUAAUGUGGAGAUGCCAAAUCAGUACUGCCUGGUGCUUCUUGAGCUGAAUGGGAUUGGGUUCAGCACUGCGGAGUGUGAGUCUCAGAAACAUGUCAUGCAGGCCAAGCUGAGCAGCCUGGAGUCUCAGGCAUACCAGUUGGCAGGACACAGCUUCUCACUCACGAGCCCCGAAGACAUUGCAGAGGUUCUUUUUUUGGAGCUAAAACUACCACCCAAUGGGGACACAAAUGGGCAGAUGAAUAAGAAGACUCUGGGUUAUACCAGGAGAAUGGCAGUUAAUGGAAACAGAGUCAGAUUAGCAAAGCAGUUCAGCACUACGAAGGAUGUACUGGAGAAACUGAAGCCACUUCAUCCUUUACCAGGCUUAAUUCUGGAAUGGCGGAGAAUAACAAAUGCCAUGACCAAAGUGGUAUUUCCACUGCAGAGAGAGAAACUGAUGCACCUACAGCUGGGAAUGGAGAGGAUAUAUCCCAUCUCACAGACACAUACAGCAACAGGACGAGUGAGCUUCACCGAACCCAAUAUCCAAAAUGUUCCAAAGGAUUUUGAGAUUGAAAUGCCGACUCUUGUAGUAGAGUCCCCACCCUCCCAGGAACGAGGAAGUCACUUUCCUUCAAAACAAAGGGGUAGGCAGCCACGGAGCUCUCGCCACUUUGUACCACAAGCCCAAGUGGCAUUGGCAGAGAAAGGGGUGUCUUUUUCUGUCAGCAUGAGGCAUGCUUUUGUUCCAUUCCCAGGGGGGUUAAUCCUGGCUGCAGAUUACUGCCAGCUGGAGCUGCGGAUCCUGGCCCACCUCUCCCGGGACCGCAGGCUUAUCCAGGUCCUGAACAGUGGGGCAGAUGUCUUCAAGAGCAUCGCAGCUGAGUGGAAGAUGAUCGAACCAGAGUCUGUGGGGGACACUCUAAGACAGCAAGCAAAACAGAUCUGCUAUGGGAUUAUCUAUGGCAUGGGAGCAAAGUCUCUUGGAGAGCAGAUGGGUAUUGAUGAGAAUGACGCUGCAUGUUAUAUUGAAACAUUCAAAUCCAGAUACACAGGAAUCCAGAAUUUCUUACGAGAGACUGUAAAGAACUGUGGUAAAAAUGGCUUUGUUCAGACCAUCCUUGGGAGAAAGAGGUUUCUACCAGCAAUCAAGGACCCAAACGUCCAUUCUAGAGCUCAUGCUGAACGUCAGGCUGUGAACACCACAGUUCAAGGCUCUGCAGCAGAUAUUGUAAAAACAGCAACUGUGAGCAUUCAGAAACGUUUAGAGGAAACCUUCCCAUCCACAGUCAAGUCACACAAACACCCCGAGAGCCUGGUGCAGCCAGACAGAGCAGCGCGACGACGACAAAGGGGAUGCUGCCGUCCUAGCAGCGGUGCAUUUUUCAUUCUCCAGCUACACGAUGAGCUCAUUUACGAGGUUGCAGAGGAUGAUAUAAUACAGGUAGCUCAGAUUGUGAAGAAAGAAAUGGAAAGAGCAGUUAAGCUACAUGUAAAACUCAGGGUGAAGGUCAAAGUAGGGCCAAGUUGGGGAAGCCUACAAGACUUGGAUGUUUAGGUCAGACCAUGAUUCUGAGUUACAGAAGGUGGUGUUUGAAAAUGUAUUUGUGCAUGCUUAUUGGUAUGUAUCUUUUAAAAAGGUGAAUGGAAAUAAAUCUAACAUUUGUAUGAUCAGAAUAAUGCUUCAAACAGCAACACUGCACAGAAACCAAGGCCUUUUUAUCUUGCCUUGUCACAAUUUAAGGUUAAAACGAGUACCUGAAAUACUUGAACCUAAAUGUUUUGUAGCUUUUUUAAAAUAGUUUUAUCGAUGUGGAAUUAAAACAAUGCCCAGUUUUCACUUGUGUCUUUGUCACAAAAUAAUUAAAAAGAGUUUAUGUCUGUUAAUUAUUGUAUAAUAGAGAUUUUUUAAAAUAAUAAUACAAAAAUGUUUACAGAUGACAAGUGCUAAAUACUGGUAAUAUGCUUUGUUUUAUACGUGCCAUUCAUGAAUAUGAAAUAAAAACAAAAAUAAUGAAAUCUUUUUUCAAAAAAACAGAAUGUUUAAAUCUUGAAAAUCUCUAAUUCCAUGCACAUAUCAGUAGAAACUAUGAACUGUUCAUAGCCUAUAAAUGACUUCUGUUUAUGGAAAUUCUUAUUUGUACUGUAUGUAAUUGAAAAAAGAAAUAAAGUAGAAACUGCAAGAUGUGUUUUUUUUUUAUUUUUGUUGUUGUUUGUUUUUAAAUAAACCCUUAACAGCAUAUGGCUACCCACGCAUUUUCUUUAACUUUUUAAAUUAUUUACUGUAUUGUUUUUAACAGGGCUAACAUAUAAUGAUUUUGGCGUCAACCUUGGGUUAACAUUGCUUUAAAUAACAUACAGUACAUUACACAGUUCAAUCAAUUGAAAUCAUUUCAAAGCACUAGAGU